AUGGACAAUAUUCAUGAAAUCGUCUUGUUCGAUAUUCCUGCAGCUCUUUCAUGGUAUUUUUCAAGAAUUUUUAGUUUUCCGCAAUUCGAUUGGACCACUGCGAGAUCACGUUACUUUUGGCGAUGCAACAAACUAUUUUUAGACCCAAAAGGUUUGAGUGUUUUUGAACUUCUGGACGAUGGAUGGACGAUCUUCAGAUUUACAACGCUCGGUGAUGGCAUUUUAGUUUAAUUUAUUUUCGCAAAACUAUUAAGAUUUGCCGGCUCACCUUUUUAAGAGAAAAUCGUAGAAACCCUUUUCACCGGAGGCACUUGUUGAUUUGGAUCCCGAUUUAAAAAAAAAAUACCACGACGCGCGCGCACCUCCCAGUAUAGUCACCUUGGUUAAAGUAGAAGAAGAAGCUUCCAUGUUUGUUUGUUUAAUAGCCGUUUGCUCUAGAUUCCGCCACUUAAACCACGCAAAGAUAGUUCCUCUUAGUCGAGCAUUUUAUUAGUGAAAACAGAAGAAACGUUCAGCAAGUCCGUUAGAACCACACAGCCUAGUAUAACGGAAAGGAUUCCGGGACUGUUUGCGCCACUACUGCCAGCACCUGCCCUCUACAAUAGAUACAGCGACGCGCUCUAGCGCGUUCCAGUGCGUUAAUUGAUUGUGCCUCUCAUAAUUGGAUUUAGCAACGGACGAUCAUUAGACACACCCACCUAAGGUGACGAGCACUAUGGCCACGCUGGACGAUAAAUUGCUGGGCGAGAAGGUGCACAACUAUUGCAGUAGCAGCGAGGACGAGGAGCAAGACGAAGCGACCGGUGAUGGAGGGGGCGGAGAGGAGGGAGAUUCGAGUGAGCAACGAUCCGCCGAUGAUCGUCGCGGUAAGGCAUCGUCGCAUCGGAUGAACAAAAUCAAACCCGUCCGGGAGGAGGAAUCGCUGCAACACAAAACACACUGGACGGGGACGGCCGGUAAUACGGGACCGAAGGGAGUAAUACAGGAUUGGCAGCGGUUCAAGCAGCUCGAGGCGGAACGGCGUGAGCAAGAUGAUGCGGAAAAGUUGCGGCUACUGAAGAAGCUUAGCAUCACGGCCCAAACGAAGGAGGAGGACGAGAAGGCGGCUGCAAUGAGCGAACUGGAUGCCGAGUUUGAAGAGCUGAUGGAGGAAGGCUUUCUGCUCGAGUACCAGCGGAAGCGGAUGGCCGAGAUGCUGGCGAUGAUGGAGCGGAAGGGCCGCUACGGUGAGCUGAUCGAUUUGAAGACUGGCGACGACUUUCUGCAGGCGAUCGACAAGGAAAACAAGAACACGACCGUCGUGGUGCACAUCUAUCGCGAAAAGUACGGUCCGUGCACGAAGAUGAACGAUGCGUUGAAGCAGCUGGCUAAGGAGUACCUGAACGUGAAGUUCUGCAAAUUUAUCUGCACCGAUGCUGGGCUGAGCAACAUGUUCAAGGCUUCCGGUGUGCCGGCCCUGUUGAUCUACAAGGGUGGCCAAAUGAUCGGUAACUUUGUGAAGCUGGUGGACGAUCUGAGCGACGAGUUCGAUUACAGCGACGUGGAGAGCUUCCUGGUAGAGAACGGCAUCAUUAACGACAAGUCGUGCAAUCCGGCAAUCGUACAAAACCAACAGCAGCAGUAGCAGCCUUCAGUGAGGGGUUGGAUGGGAUGGAAGGGAGUCGGAUCUCAUUUUACUUAAAAUCGAGCAUUUGAGCCAAGUAUAUUAUUUGAACCACGAUCGUCCCAGAGAGGCCGCAGUUUUGCUUCAUUAUUAUCUGCUUAUCAUUAUUUCUGCUUAAUAGUUUAAGUUUCUACUAAG